UGCCCUGGCAUACUUCUGUAGCGUGGAAAUUUUCCAACGCUUUUAGGAUGAAUAAAUAUCCAAUCAUUGGGAAACGUGAACGUUUUAAAAUCAAGGAAAAGCGAACUACUAAAAACAAUGAAGAUGUUGAGAAAUAUGUGACUGUUCUUGGCGACUGGCGUUCCCAAUUGCGUACCCUAGACAGACAUGAAAGUGCUGGUAAAACUGACCGCCACUUAAUUCGUUCAUUUUAUGUUCUUCAUCAGUGUCUUGUAUUUUGUUGUAUCUUGUUGGACAAGGUAAAGACAUUAUUGUCUGAUAAAGGCAAACUCACUUAUGAAAAGAUAAAUCAACUGAAUGAUCUAAAAGUAGAUCUUUACAAGUUAACCAAGCUUCUCGAUGAAAUAAAUCUGAUCUACAACAAUUUUUGUGGCUUUAAGCAAGAAAUUACAAUUGAGUAUGUGUAUGAAUUUAAUCUUGAUAAUGCUUUGAGUAGUAUAGAAAGUGCCAUUUCCAAUCUAAACCAUCCUGAGAUAAAUGAUCUCUUUGACUUGGAUAUCACCCCAGAAGAUGUUCUGUGCUCAGUGCUUGGUUUGAAAGAUGAGUUUGCUUGCAGGCUUCUCGAACUAACUCCUUACAUGAGAAAACACAAAAGUGAAAAGGUACAUUUGCUAACAUUUUUAAAGGAGUUUAAGGAAGAAGACAGCUUAAAAGAUCUCAGAGAUGGUGAAAAGGUUGCUAAAAUCUUGUGCAAGAUUGGUUUUACAAAGCAUCGAUCUGAAUUUAUUGCUAAAUGGAUAACCAGCAUGGCAGAUCCAAAUCACAAACCAAUUUUCUCUUGGGUGAAAACUUACAUUGAAGAUCAUUUUAAGUAUGAUAUCUUCUUAAAUGAUCAAGUUUCGUAUUUUCCUUUCAAAAUUGAUAAUGAAAAUGAAUGGUUUACUGUGAAUAUCCCACGUUUAGAUGAAGAGGGAAGACAUAGUCAUCCUAUAAAUAUGAUCAAUGUUGCAUCGCAAGAAGAUGCCCUACACCAUGUUGGAUCAAAAGUUGCUGAACUAAAUGAAAAUAAUCCUGAGACAGAAGUAUAUUUCCAUUGUACUGAUCACGAAAGUGCUGCGGAUAUUGUGGAAAUUGGAAUUGUGCUGGGUUUUGGUCGAAAGAAAUCAGACUUCUCUGAUGGAGCAGGUUUCUACAUGGUAAAUAAUGCAAAGUUCUCAUUAGAGCAAUAUGGAUUGAGCAGUACACAUCCAGCUAUAAUCAUGUUUGAUGUGAGUCCUCAAAAACUGAGCAAGUUUAAAGGAAUUGAUUUAUCCAGUGCUGAAAAAGAAGAAGAUUGGAAAUUGAUUGUUGAGUAUUUUCGCUCAAGUAGCCAUGGUAUUGGUAAUUUACCCAAGAAUUUGUUCUCACACAUAAGACAAUGUGAUUACAUCCGAGGGCCUGUUUCCCUAAAUGGUUCUAUUGAAAAUAACACAUUAUCUCAAGGUGUUGAACAAAUUUGCAUAAAAAUGAGAAUUGGCCAAGCUAAUUGGGCAUCCAUCAUUAAUCUUAGGCGUUAUUUUUCUUAA